AUGGAGAGGUCGGGAGCUGUUCCUAGUGGGUGGUACCUCGGUGUCCAACAGGGGAACGCCAGCACGGCAACGCACGGGAACGUACAGAGUGCGGUGAGGAAGGAUGCGGACAUCUACUUGCUUCUCGAUGUACUCUUCAAGGAGGUGGGAGUCUAUGGGGUCUUCUCGGAUUGGCCUGGGACCGUGACCCACUACCUCAACUGCGCCCUCCCCUAA